AUGACACUUCCUCCUCAGGUAGAAACAGUCAGUCCUGACGAGGGGGUUGCUCAACCAACUCUCCAUAUCGCCCCCCAAAGCAUUGCAGAUCCUCAGAAAUCAUCCGUAACUCCCGAAGAAGACACUGUUCCUGAUGGUCUUGCAUCUGCCAAGGCACCUUCCCAGCCCGAUGAUGGUUCACCAUCCGACCCUAAACUCGAGGCUCCGCCUGGAGCAGCUGAGCCAGGGGAUCUCAGCGAGGCACUGUCAAAAGAGACCUACGACGAGGUGGAAAAAAUAUAUGAUUACCUGCUGAAUUACAUAAAUGGGGAUGUUUUGGAAGCCAACGAAAAUCAUCGUUGCAUAGGAACUGGAUCUUUUGUAAUGCGGGCGCAUGAGAAACGACUGCCGUUAAAAUCAAGAAUCAGGCAUAACGAGACUUUUUCGUUCAUGUUCCAAGAAUACUUCCGCCUGGUAAACGACAGACUGUCGGCCCUCGAAAGCAAAGCGUCGAUGGAUGAGAAAGAUGUAGAUGAGGAUAAGACGAAGAACUCCUUAACAAUGACGAUUCCUAGAGAACGCCGGGUGACUUGGGUUGACUUUAAGCGAAAAGAUGAGAAGAAACGUUCCGCCGACGUCCACGCACUUGAUGUUCUGAUAGGCGAUGCGAUUAUUCCUCAUAAAAUCUGGGCAAGAUUUCAUUCGAGUGAAACCCUUCACCUUCGUGACAUCCGACGGGCAUGGUUUCUCCAGGACUUUAUUAGGGUUGGGGAUGAAGAAAACACGACAGAUACUGCAGUUCCAGUCCAUCCACCACAAUCGACAGAAGGCGAAUACCCCGCUCUCCCGGAUCGCAUUCGCAUUAACGGAGGCCCCUUGUUGAAAUUGCUAGAAAAGGUCUUGGAGGUUGAGUUGCACAAAGAGAACUCCCCUCUGGUCUUGCUCAGGCCGUUCAAGCUUUUAGUGCAAUAUGAGCAGGAUAUCCGCAGUGUUCACACGCAGCUGAGAAAGAAAUUUGAACCGACCGCGGUGGCAGAGCAGGCCAUGACGUCGAGUCCUGAUGAAAACCCGGAGAGCUCACAGAACUCAGAUCAGACUGGGAUCUCUCUCGACGCGGACGAAGUGAAGUUGUUAGAAGAGUAUGGCUCUGAACAAGCCUACAAAGAGUUAUGCUGCUUGAUCGAAUUUAUGGAUCGGGACCUCAGACCCCUCGGGGCACUGAGAAGUGGGUUUGUCGAGAAAGUUUACUAUUCUGAGCUCUGGCAUAUAUUCACGCCAGGUGAGGUGGUGAUAACAAGACAAGAGCCCGUCCAUGCCUAUAGGGUGCUCUACGUAACUGGUGGUCGUCCAUAUCUGUGCCCGCCAACGCCCAAAGAGAACCAAAAUGAAGAGGUCGGCUACCAAGUCCCACCUAAAGAGAGCGAUUUUGUCGUGCUCUGCUAUCAGGUGCAUUACGAUGGCGAAAAGUUUGGUCCAGUCACACAAAACUUUACGGUUACAUCAUAUAACGGACGACGAAGCGUUCGAGACCUUCCCAUAUACCCUCUACGACUUGCAGAAGAUCCCAGCAUCAAGGAGAAACUUCUUUCCAACGGUCGAAAAUACCUGCGUGUUUCGAAAGGCACACAUUUACAAUAUAGGGGGCCAAAUCUACACGAGGGCGAGGAAAUCGACAGCCAGGUAGUGAUUGAUUUCAAGACUGCUAUCUGGGAUAGCCGUGACAAAGACCAAGACUGGAAGUACAAGACAGAGUUUGGAGUAAGCCCACCGAAUAGCGCAAGUCGACCAGAGGUUGUGAUGGUAUCUGCGGGAGGCUGCCAAAUUCCUGACUGUUGUGAAAAUGAUCGAGUCUUCAACGACCUCGACCUCGACCAUCGUCGGAUGGAGGAAUUCGUGGCGAAGAAUGCUUUAUUGACAACUAAUACUCGAAAUCUCGACGAUGAUCCGGACAAGGUUCCAGAGGAAGAUAUCAUCAUCCUCCCAAGCAAGAUAUUUGCCUUUGUGCUCAAGGAUCGAAAAUGGGCUGUCAUCGAUAUCAACCAUGUUGAGUUCGCAGAUACCACAGACCAACCGAGGGAUCGCGGGUGGAACUCUUUGGUCUUACCGCAUAGUCACAAGAAAAUGGUCUAUUCCUUGGUUCAGGCUCAUUUUCGUCAUCGCAGUGAAGAAACACAAGAGCGAUAUUCGCACUCGGACCUUAUUAGAGGAAAAGGCAAGGGACUCAUCAUCCUCCUGCAUGGUGCACCAGGAGUGGGAAAGACUUCAACCGCCGAAUGUGUUGCCGAACUUUGUGACCUGCCCCUCUAUCCCAUCACUUGUGGUGACCUUGGCAUUACCGCCAGUGAAGUGGAGUCUCGCCUGAAGUAUAUUUUCACGCAGGCGCAAAAGUGGAAAUGCGUCCUCCUUUUAGAUGAGGCAAGUAGUAGUUUCCUUCAAAUCUUCCUCCGAGUUCUCGAAUAUUACCAAGGAAUUCUCUUCCUCACUACUAACCGCGUGGGAAAGAUAGACGAGGCUUUUCGCUCGCGCGUUCACAUCAGCCUCUACUACCCACCACUCGACAAGAGAACCACCCUUAAAAUUUUCGCUGAAAACAUGAAACUUGCCGAAAUGCGGGGCAAAGAUGCAAUAGUAGUUAAGAAAGACGAUAUUUCCAGAUUCGCCAAUAAUCAUUACAAGGAAAACGAUCCGCAGCACCGAUGGAAUGGCCGCCAGAUUCGGAACGCCUUCCACAUCGCUGUUGCAAUGGCCGAAGACCAUGCAGCAGAGAAGAAUCGAAAGGCAGCUGAGGAAGGCAAGCCAAAGGAGCACACACCCGUCCUGAAGGCAUCAUAUUUCCGGCUCGUGGAAGAAGCCUCGACGAGGUUCGACGAUUAUCUUCACGAGGUCCAUGGCAUGGGCAAGCAAGAUCUCGCAAAGCAGAAUUCCACUCGUCGGGACGAUUGGAAUAGAGACAGAAGGGAUCGAAAGUCCCGACCCAAAGGUGGCAACCGCCGGCGACAGGUAGAGUCAUCUGAAUCCUCAGUGACCGAUUCGAGCGAGGCCGAUACCUACCAAUAUAGCUCCACUGCAAGUAGUGAAGAGAGCAGUGAGAAUUCCGAGGAAGAAUACGCAGUCCAGGUCCAGUCGUCCUACAGCUCAGAUGAGGAGCUAUCAAUGCGAGAGAAGCAAAGGCGAUUGGAUCGGAAGAAAGGUUCAAGCAACAAAGAGCGUAAGUCUGGCUCGGGAGAGGCUCGCAAAGAUGGUACCCGGACCUCAAGAAAGGGUAGAGACAGUCGUCGUUCGUAG